AGCAACGACCUAACCAGGAAAAAAUGGAAUUUACGGCUAUUUUAAUAUUUGGAAUGAUGAUUCACGUAUGUUCAACAGCAAAAGUGUCAGAGACAACCUGCACAACCAGCGGUUCUGAAUGCAACAAAAUUCAAAAUUCCGCUUGUGAUAAAACCGCCUUGAAGUGCAAAUGUUCUGAUAGUUAUGGAGAGGAUCUUACUAAUGGCAAUACUUGUGUUAAAACUGUUUCUGGGACUACGUGUACUGCACAAGGGUCAGAGUGUAGUCAGAUCGCCAAAUCAGCUUGUGAUGCAUCGAGUUUGAAGUGCAAAUGUUUUGCGAAUACUACAGAGCAUGUGAAUAAAUGCAUUGCAGCCGUGUCUCAGACUAAAUGCACCAGCAAUGGAAAUGAAUGUUCUAGCCUAGCGCAUUCUGCCUGUGAUGGAAAGAAGUGCAAAUGUGAGGCAGGAUAUAAAGAACAAAUGAACACUUGUGUUAAAGUCUUAAGUGCCACUUGCUCAGAGGACAGUGUGUGUUCAGUAGCAAACUCCAUAUGCUUAAGUAAAGCCUGUACCUGUGCGGCUGGCUAUGGCGAAAUCAAUGCUGUUUGUAAAAAAGUGUUGGGACACGCCUGUUCAACUGCAACAGAUUGCACCAAUCUUAUGGCUAGUACCACGUGUCAAACAAGUUCAACCCCUAGCGUUUGCGCAUGUGCAAGUAAUUUUAUCAACGACAACAACGUCUGUAAAGCAGAACUUGGACAGACGUGUAGUAAAGCCUCGGAUUGUGUUACAAACGCCAAAUGUGGAACUGACAAGAUAUGCAGCUGUAAAUCCGGAUACAGUGAUAUGAGUGGGAUGUGCGGAUCCAACAGUGCGGGUUCUGCCACAGUGACGAUUACUACGUUUAUUGCUGCAAUGGUCGUCGUGAAACGUUGGCUGUAAAGAAGCUUAUGGCAAUUGUCCUCAAUAUCCUGCAUAUAUUCUAUUAACUUUAUUUUAGUUAAGUCAGGUUUCGAAACUUAAUAACUGACACCUAUCUGUGUGCUCUGACUUCUUUUUUAUGUUAAUUUAGCGAAGAAAGUUUUGGCUUACGUACUUUAUAACUGUGCCUUAACCUUAAAACUACAUAUCAAGAAAUCUAUCAACUGGAGUUCUGAACAUUACAUAUUUUCAGCAGGGUUAUGUCUGCUAACAUCAACAACCUCUGCUUAUGGUACAUCAUUUUUUUGUAAGGUGUAUGGUAUUUGCUAUCAAGAUUCAUUUACCAUUCUCAUUACAAGCAUACAUGGUAUUUUAUAACUGCUCAAUCAAAGUCCGUCCUACGUUUGUAAUGUAUAUUCCUCAUUUUCUAUUGUAGCUCCUGCCUUUAAUUAUUUUGUAUUUUCGUUUGUUCUAUAUAAAAUGAAAUGACUGUUUAGUUUCCAAAUGUGUUGUAUAAAUAAGCUAUGUGAAAAGGUUUCAACAUGCGGACGGAACAUGGAUAGCUACUUGUCUGGAACAUGUGUUGGAACUGGCUGAUAACGGUUUUGAGUAGCAGCAAACUUAACGGGAAUCAUAACUCAUAUAUCACAAAUAUAGCAAUCGGUAAUUAUUUCCUCUCUGGAGACAUUAAAGUUAAAAAAAGUAAUCAAUUUCACACAAAAUGCAUCACAGAUUGAACAGUGAUCAUUUCCACACACGAGGCCUUACAGAUUAAAAACUAAUCAAAUCUUUAUUAAAAUUAGUUAAGUCAUUACAUGUCCUAAGUUGAGUCCCACUGUAUCAGUUACACAUGUUUUUCUCGUACUUAAAAGUAAGAAUGAUAUCAACUUUAACAAAGAGAAUGCCAUACCAAAUACUAAUUCAUGAACUUAAUACUUCUAUCUAGCUUUCGCUUUAGUGAUGUUAUGUCUGUAUUUUCUAUCACUUACACGUGCUGCAACCAAUAAAAGAGAAACUGAAGCCUGCAAAGACGUUGCGUUUUCUCGCAUGAAGGAGAAUGCAGAUAACAUAUUAUUAACACAUGCAUAUGGGUUUUCAAAAGUAAAGCGAUACGGUUAGCUUAAACUCCCGUUAAAGGCUUUAUGAGCAUUGACUUAAUUUACCACACAUUUGGAAUUAUAUAUACAUCAAUUUAAAACAGCAAAACCGAUAUGAUGUCAAAUAACAUGACGGUUCACGUUAAUGUAUCAUAAUGUAAUCAUAUCUUAUAUGUGAUGGGCAAUAUUGAUGCGGUAUAAUAUUUCCUCAAUUUCCAUCAUAAUAAACAGUUAUU